AUGAUAGUUGCAAAAAUUGCAAUUCUGUUUUUCUUCCUCCUAAGUUGCCCAACCUACCUAACCACCAACGAAGAAAGCAAACAAGUAAUCAUCCUGAACGAUGAAAUAACAACUAUAACAAGUCCCGUACAUUGUAUCGCCGAUACUUAUUUCAUCUUCCGAAAUGAAUUGUACAAAAUCUGCAUACAACACGUCAAUAAGGGAAGGACGGAGAUCCAUGUCAUCGUGCAGAAAAAAGCCAAGAACAAAUGGGAAACGAAACAGAAGCUCUUCGAAGAUAAAAUGUGGUUCCAUCUUCCAUUCGUUUUUAAUUUCGUACAGAAUGAUGAAAUUAUUAUUUUAGUUUGCAGAUAUAAAGGUAUGACCAAAGGGGAAGGAGUCGCUUGUGAUCGUUGGAGUAGCACCACGGGUACCAAUUACAAUAAAGGCAAUAUUAACAUAGAUGCACAAGCCCUUACCAAGAUGAAUCUAGACUCAUAUGCAUCAUUUCCUAUACCAAUUAAAGAUAAAGCAAUUAUUCACAUCUGUGGAGUACAUUCUUACGAAUACCAAAAUGUCAACCAAAAUAAUUUCAUUUCUUGUCUUGCCAGUGAAGACAAGGGAACAACUUGGGGUGAUAUAAAAAUUCACAUAUACUAUGAUCAGUUUCAAGAAGGAGUUCCAUACUUCUACCUUCGUCCCCUUGUUUUUAAUGACGAGUUUGGGUUCUACUUAUACUCCCGAAUAAGCUCGAACAACGCGGACCGGGGAGGUAAAUAUAUGAAGUGUAUCCUAAACCCGACGAACUCAAGAAAUAAGGAAUAUACUUUCAAAUGUACGAAUGUCAAUCUCAUUAAAGAGGACAAGUCUCUUCAAAACAUUACUAAGCUAAACGGAUACUACGUAACCAGUUACGCCAAGAAAAACAAUUUCAAUGAAUGCUACCUAUACUACACAGAAAAUAAUGCAAUCGUUGUGAAACCCAAAGUGCAGAACUAUGAACUUAAUGGUUGCUACGGAGGCUCUUUUGUAAAAUUCAAUGAGUCCAAAGCGCUCUUCAUCUAUUCCACUGGACACGGUGUUCAGAAUAUUCACACCCUUCACUACGCAAGGUAUGAGUGA